AUGUACACGUUGGUGGAGGUGGCGGCAUCUUUGGAGACUGGAGCAGCGGUAGUAGUUGUCGUAGAUGGGUCUGUUGGGGAGGACGAAGCCAACGGCGUGGAUUCUUGGAGCUCGCCGUCGGCUGGAACUGCGUUCUUUUCUGGGACUGAUUUGGCACCAGAUCCUGCAGAUCCGUUGGCCAAAGAUGUUCCCGCAACGCCUGCAACGCCUGCAGCACCUGCAGCACCUGCCAGAGCAGUAGAGGCAUCUUUUGAUCCUGAGUUUGUUUGCUGUGAAGAUUCUUCUUGGAUGGUGUUGUUCAAGCUGCUGUAG